AUGACAUCAGUAUUCGUUUCAGGUGCUACAGGAUACAUUGCACAACACAUUGUGAAAACAUUACUCGAAAAUAAUUACAAAGUUGUGGGAUCUGUGAGAUCUACAGAAAAGGGAGAGAAAUUAAAGAGGCUCUUACAAUCGACCAAUUUCAAUUACGAGGUUGUAAAUGAUAUUCAGAAAGAAGGAAGCUUCAAUGAGGCGUUGAAGAGGCAUCCAGAAGUAACUGUAUUUUUACAUACAGCAUCCCCAUUCCAUUUUAAAGCUAAGGAUGUGGAAAAGGAAUUAUUAAUCCCAGCGGUCAAUGGAACCAAGAAUGCUUUGAAGGCGAUAAAGGAAUAUGCACCCCAGGUAAAGCGUGUAGUAGUGACAUCGUCUAUUGCUGCUAUUAAGGUAGAUACCAAGGAAAAUGAUAGCACAUUUGUCAUGACGGAACAGACAUGGAACCCAAUUACAUGGGAAGAAGCACUCUCUAAUCCUGUUUCAGGGUACCGUGGGUCUAAAACGUUUGCAGAGAAGGCAGCAUGGGAGUUUAUGGAAACAGAGAAGCCACUGUUUAUAUUAUCAACAGUCAAUCCGGUGCUUGUGUUUGGUCCACAAGCAUUUGACACUGAAGUCAAGGAGACUUUGAACACAUCGGCAGAGGUCAUCAACACUUUAUUGAAGUUGAAACCAGACGACCCAAUUCCUCCUCUGAAUAAUGCGUUUAUCGAUGUUCGGGAUGUAGCAAAAGCACACGUGGUGGCGUUUGAAAGUGACGAUGCUGCAAACCAGAGAUUGUUACUUAGUGAAUCGAGGUACUCUUCGCAAUUGGUGUUAGAUCUUAUCCACAAGAAUUUCCCUCAGUUCAAGUCACGGAUUCCUGUUGGAACCCCAGGAAUCUAUCCUGACACUUCCAAACUCUCGAAAACGGAUAAUUCUAAAACUAGGGCUAUAGUUGGCUUCCCCUUCAUUCCUCUCGAGAAGUCUGUGAUUGAUACGGUUCAACAAAUAGUGAAGGCUGAGAAGCUCCAAUGA